AUGGAAGAAAAAACCGCUGAAAUUUCUCUUGCUGAUCUUCCUCAAUAUGAAAAAGCGCCUAAUAAAAUUAUCCCGUCUCAACAAUUAUUUUCGGUAGAAUAUCCGGGAUAUGUAAAGAAUAUGGAUAAAAUUUUACAAACACUGGGCGGAAGAAAAGGUUUAAAAAAGGCGGUAAACGAGGAUCUCAUGGAACUUCGAUUUAGACCUGGGGAUCCAUUCUGUCAUCCUAUAAAUGGAGAUGUCAUUCCAACUUCAAACCUUUUAUUAAAGGUAUCGUGGAAACGUAAGAAAAUCAAAAAACGCGUCUCAAAACGUUUGGUUGAAGAAGAAGAUAAUAAUCAAAGUGAUGACAGGAAUAUCAAAGAUUUAGAUUUUCAAGUAAUUGGAAUUAUUAGUAAAACGUGUCGAUUUCGAGGUAAAUUAAAAAUUUAUUUAUUAUAA